UCCCGCGACAUGGCAGCGCGAUCCCGGAGACCCUGGCUGAGCGUGGUGCUGGGGCUGGUGCUGGGUUUCACCGCCGCCUCCUGGCUCAUCGCCCCUAGAGUGGCCGAGCUCAGCGAGAAGAAGCGGCGCGGCGCCAGCCUCUGCUCCUACUACGGCCGCGCGGCGGGGCCGGGGGCGGCCCGGGGCGCGGCGGCGGCGGCGGGCGGGCAGCAGGCGCCACCGGGGGCAGCGGCGGUCCUGGGCGGCACGAGUUUCAGGAGCAGCCCCUGGGAGCUGCCGCCGGCGGCGGCGGAGGGCACGGUCUCCAGCCCCGCUGCCGGCGGGGAAGGGGAGCCAGAGGAGGAGGACGAAGGCGGCGAGAAGCGGAGCGGCCGGCCUGGCGGCAGCCACAACGGGAGCGGGGACUGGGGGGGCGCCCAGGGGUGCACCAAGCCCCGCAACUUUCUCUACGUGGGGGUGAUGACGGCCCAGAAGUACCUGGGCAGUCGGGCGGUGGCGGCGCAGCGGACGUGGGCGCCCUCGGUGCCGGGCCGCGUGGAGUUCUUCUCCAGCCAGGGCUCCGCCGCGCCCCCCGGGAUGCCCCCGCUGCCCGUCGUUGCCCUGCCGGGAGUGGACGACUCUUACCCGCCUCAAAAGAAGUCCUUCAUGAUGAUCAAGUACAUGCACGACCACUACCUGGACAAGUACGAGUGGUUCAUGCGGGCGGACGACGACGUCUACAUAAAAGGUGAAAAAUUGGAGGAGUUUCUUCGCUCACUGAACAGCAGUAAACCUCUCUAUUUGGGGCAGACUGGUCUGGGUAAUAUUGAAGAACUCGGAAAACUCGGACUGGAGCCUGGAGAAAAUUUCUGCAUGGGAGGGCCAGGAAUGAUCUUCAGCCGGGAAGUUCUCCGGAGGAUGGUGCCACAUAUAGGUGAAUGCCUUCGAGAAAUGUACACCACUCAUGAGGAUGUGGAAGUGGGCAGGUGUGUCCGGAGGUUUGGAGGAACUCAGUGCGUUUGGUCCUAUGAGAUGCAGCAAUUGUUCCACGAAAACUAUGAACACAACCGCAAGGGUUACAUUCAAGACCUUCACAACAGCAAGAUCCACACAGCCAUAACACUUCAUCCAAACAAAAGACCUGCCUACCAGUAUAGGCUGCACAAUUACAUACUGAGUCGCAAAAUUUCCGAACUGCGCCAUCGGACCAUCCAGCUCCAUCGAGAAAGCGUCCUGAUGAGCAGGCUCAGUAACACUGAAAUAAAUAAGGAAGAUCAGCAACUGGGAGUGGUGCCGUCUUUCAAUAACUUCCAGCCACGGGAAAGGGAUGAAGUCAUCGAGUGGGAGUUCCUGACAGGAAAGUUUCUUUACUCAAUGGCGGAGAACCAGCCACCCCGGCAGAGCCUGAGCAGCGUCCUGCGGGCUGCACUGGAUGAUACUGUGAUGCAGGUCAUGGAAAUGAUAAAUGAGAACUCCAGAUCCAGAGGAAGACUCAUUGAUUUCAAGGAAAUACAGUAUGGGUACCGCAGGGUAGACCCUCUGCAUGGAGUAGAGUACAUCCUGGAUUUACUGCUUUUGUACAAAAGGCAUAAAGGAAGGAAAGUUACAGUUCCAGUGAGACGCCAUGCUUACCUUCAGCAAUUGUUUAGCAAACCUUUCUUCAAAGAAGCAGAGGAGCUGGAUGUAAAAAGCUUGCUGGAGGACACCAAUGGUGACACUCAAUCUUUCUCUUUCCUUUCAAAUUCUUUAAAGAUUUUUUCCUCGUCAUUCCAAGGCACCAAAGACACUGGGGGACAGAGUGACAAGAAAAUACAUAUUCUUGUCCCUAUCACAGGGAGAUUUGAUACUUUCUCAAGAUUUAUGGUUAAUUUUGAGAAGACUUGUCUGAUUCCCAAGCAGAAUGUAAAGUUGGCAAUAAUUCUCUUCAGUUCUGAUUCGGGCCCAGACUCUAGCAAACACAUAGAGCUAAUGAAAGAAUACAGCAUGAAGUAUCCCAAGGCAGAUAUAACCCUGAUUCCGAUGUCAGGAAAGUUUUCUAGAGGUCUGGCUCUUGAGAUGGCCUCAUCUCACUUUGACAAUGACACUUUGCUGCUGUUCUGUGAUGUUGAUCUAGUAUUCACAUCUGACUUCCUCCAGCGAUGCAGAGAUAACACUAUUCAGGGAGAACAGGUUUACUACCCUAUCAUCUUCAGCCAAUACGAUCCAAAAGUAAUAUAUGGAGGCAACCCUCCAGCUGACAGUAGUUUUGUUUUCACAAAAAGAACUGGAUUUUGGAGGGAGUAUGGAUUUGGAAUUACCUGUAUUUACAAAAGUGACCUACUUACUGCUGGUGGAUUUGAUACCUCGAUUCAAGGCUGGGGACUUGAGGACGUAGAUCUCUUUACUAAAGUGAUAACAUCUGGUUUGAAGGCUUUCAGAAGUCAGGAAGUAGGAGUUGUCCAUAUUUUUCAUCCUGUUCAGUGUGACCCCAACUUAGAUCCGAAACAAUAUAAAAUGUGCUUAGGGUCCAAAGCAAGUACAUUUGCCUCUACCAUGCAGCUCGCUGGACUCUGGCUACAGAAACAUUUGGGUGUCAGGUACAAUUGGACUCUCUUCUGACAACUCAGCCUAUUUGGCCUUUUUAGGGGAGUUUACCUCAUUGCUGUUAUUUGAUUUUGCUGUUGUAGUUUUAAACUCCCUGCCUGUAGUCUUCCAAAGACUGUUGACCUCAAAUGGGCUGACUCUGCUGUUCACUGACGUUUCUUAUACCUAGUGAACUGGUGAGGUGAAUUCCUUCAUAUUUCCUUUAUUUGAAAUUCAGUCUUGUCAUGGAAAUCACACAAGCCCAUGGAGCAUAUUCAUCACAAGGGACUGUAUUAGAAGAAUGUUGUCUUUCAGUUUUUGGAUUCAGUAUCAUCUUUGUUGCAUUUCUCAGAUUUGAUGUGAUACAAAUAUUUACUGGUGAAGGUACCACAAAAGUGCUUUAUGCUUCUUCUGGGGAUGGAACUCUCUAAGAUAAACUUGAGUUUUAUAAUUUAUAUGAGGACUUAUAUGUAUAAACGCUACUUUCCUUCAUCUUUAGAAUUUUUAAAGUAAAUGAAUAACUAUAACUGUACCUUUAUUUUUUAAAAAAAAGAGUAAAGCUGAGGAGCUACUUGCAAAUACAACUGGUACUGGCUACCAAGGUCCUUAAAUGUCUUAUUAUUAAAACAAACUCCUUAUUGUUAUUCAGUCAAAGUGUAAAUGAACUUUGUUUUCACAACAAACAGGAUUUAAUCAAAUGCUCAUCUACACUUUGAAGAUUAUUUGAGCCAACAUCCUUCAUUUGCAGGCAAGAAGAAACUAUGACUCAACAUGGUCAUUUAUUGUAAAGUGCAAGCAUACAGUGUUCUUACUUUGAAACACAUAGGAUAAGUUGUUCGUUCUCUUUUUAGAAUGAGUCUCUAAUACAUCAUUUGCUUUUACAUUCCUUUCAUAAGGCUGCACAUCAGUGUUAAAAGUUAAAGCUCUAGUUUUUGUUUUUCAUUUUCAUGAAUAUUGGUACUCAGUAACAACUUGUUGUUAAAAUUAGAGUAACUGUAGAAUAGUUAUUUAAGUUUCAAAAUUUACUAUUGCUGGUCAAAGUUCCUUGCCAAUAUAUUUAUAUUGUGGAGGUUAUAAGACUGUUUUCAGAUUUAUUUCUCCAAACCACCUGAAGUUGCCAUAUUGUGGAUUCAUGAAGUAAAGUAUUUAAUACCAACAGGAGAAAUGACAAAAUUAAUUUCUGUAUUUUAAAGAAAUGUUUAUAUAGGGAUAUAUAUGUGUCUGUGUGCGUGUGUGUAUAUCCCUAUAUAUAUAGAUAUAUAGAGAGAGUAAUUUCAAUGUUCCACUUUUCAGUUCAGGCAGUGAUUUUCUACAAUCAUUGGGUUUCUUUUGCCAGAUGCUUGGAGCAUUUCAUGCUAUACUGUGGUAAGAGCUUAGAGACAUUCAGGAAACCAUCAGAAUUUAGCUAAACUUAAGUUAUUACAGUGUGUACAUCAAUAAACUCAGUACCCUUGAUUUCAAACUGCAUUUCAAACUGAGCUGGGCAAGAAAAAGUGGUGAGUUUUUAGCUGUAACUGACUGCUUCUGUGUUUCCUUAAAAAAGAAAGCCAACCAAAAACCCCUCCAAACCCCCCAAAAGAACUAAGUGAUUUGAAUUCACUGGCACAUCUGUUUGUGGGAGGAAUCCAGGUUAUCCUCUAAGGUUUGAAGAGGGUAUGUAGGUCAGUUAAUGUCUGUUAUCUGUGGUUCUCUGUUCUGGAAUUACCAUGCAAAGAAAAAGGCAACCUUGACAAGGACUGAGUAACUUCAGAAUUAAAAGACUGGCCAUAGUGUGCUCUAAGAAAGGCCAUUUCCUUGCCCUGGAAAGGCAGGAGGUGAGAACAGAGACUGUAAUUCAUGUUUGUACCAGCCCUCCUCAAGCAGAAUUCCUGGGCUGUUAUUUUCCUGGAGGCUCCUGCCUUCCUAGCCUAGCACUGUUAACUCAAAUGUAUGACAAAAGAAAAAUUCACUUUCAAUUUAUAUUAUAAUUCUUGGAAAUUACUCUUCAAACUGAGUGCAGAAGUCACGCUUUUUUCCUUAAAAAAGCCAAGAAUAAGGAACCUGAUAUAUUUUAAAAAUCUCAAUUAACCAAUGCAACUCAGAUUGUAAAUAUCAAAACCUGAUUGCCUGUUGAUAAAUAUUUGUGAUGAUUUCAUAAACAAGAAAAAACCUAAUGACUUAGAAAGAUAUCUAAGGAAAUCAUUGUCUGCUGGGAUGUAUUCCAGUGUUUAUUCGAAUUACUUAACUUAGUGGCCAGAAAGUAUUUGCUCAGCUCAAAGUAAAAUAGUAGAUUAGAACAAGCAAUGAAACCAAUCAUUCAGUGGGGAUAAAGAUGUAUACAGAGGGCUUGCAGGAUCAGGUCCUACACAAUAUAAGCAAAAUGCUAGCAUUUACCAGUACAAAUAUUUAUUUAGUGUCUUGACUGAUUCAUUUGUUUAUAUGAUGAAUUACUUUGUUAAAAACCUGAUUAUAAAUGUUUAUUAUGAAAUAUUGCGUUUUCUUUUGAAAUAACUAUCCUGAGAUAACUUGAGAACUUGUGUUAGUUUGUCUAAGGAAUAAUAUGCCUUCUAAGGAGAUCACAUUAAAAGAAAAAAAAAAAGCACAAAAGUGUUAGAGUAAUGUUAUGUAUGUAUAGAUUAAGAUGGGAAUAUCUGUGUUAAUCAACUGUUUGCUGUUCUAAUCUGAAUCAUAAUCUUGAUUGUAAAAUGAAAUUUCUAUGUGUAUAAUGUCCCUUUGUAAAUGCGUGACAAGUGAAUUCACAAUAGAACAUAACAAUCGAUUCUUCCCCAAACCUCCUUCCCCUGGGAAUAAUUUUCCUGGCUACGUUGUUGGGAAGUGGGUUGUGAACAGCUCAUACUUUGGCUUUUCAGACACAACCAUUCUUAAAAAAAAAAUAAAAUCUCAGCAUUCACUACUCAGAAACCUCAGAAAUCCCCAAACCACUGCAUCAUGGCAUGUUUUCCCAGUUGCAGUGUUUAAUUUAACAGAGCAUUUGCAUCUCCUGGAUGAAGGAAAAACAUCAUGUUGGGCUCUCUGGGACUUGAUGAGUGUACCCUGCAUCAGGGUACUGGCUCUCAAGCUGAAGAAAGGCAGAAGGCCAGGGGGAGGUGUGAGGCUCAGCCACGGGAGUUGGCACCUUGUGCCCAAGUCACCCCUGUGCUGCCACCUGUGCUGCCCACGGCCUGCCAUGGAACGAUGGGUUGGCAGCUCCAACAAGCACAGAAGAGCUGUGCUUGCUGCCACCCGCUGCUCUUAAGAAGCAAAAGGGCCAUUUUAAUCAGGAAGGAAUGAAAGGAGGGUCUCAAACUGGGGAUUCAUUGAGGGGGGUGGCAGGUUGUCUUGUGCAGAUCAUGUUUCUCACUGUCCCCAGGUAAAAAGACCCUGGUCUGACAUGGCUUCCCUCUGUUUGCACUCCGAGGGCUUUGAAGGAAGGGGCAAAAUCUCAUGGGGCUCAUGGGCCUGCAUCAUGUACUUGGGUCCUACCAUACCAUGGAACAUAUUGGGGGAAAAGGUGCCAGAUGGUGUUCCCAAAGAGCAGUACAGAGAGAGGCACCUUCUGCACUCUGCAAAUGCCAGCUGUGCACAAAACUGCCUUCUGCAGCCUUUGCUCUACGGUGUGCUUGAUAAUAGUUCAAGAUACUUCCCCAAAAUUACUAUAAAGUGACUCCUAGGAGUGUAUUGCACAUUCUCUGUAACUGGGGAGUUGCAAGCAGCAUGAGUUAAAAACCACUUUUUUUUAAUCAGAGGGAAAUAAACAAUUUAAAAGUCUUUUGAUGUCUUAACUAGUCACUACAAUUACUUAAGAUGUAGUUUCCUACAUCAAACGUUUUGCUCCAAAAAAUGAUGCCAGCUUUAGGGCACAAAAAACCCCCCACACGUGUAGUCUAUAUCAUAUUUUCCUGCAACUUGAAAUCAGUUAAAAUUUGUGGGAAAAAACAGGGGUUAGAAAUUGAUGAGUUGCUGACAGAGGAAAAGACUUAGGUUUCUGCUGUAUUUUUAAAAGAUAACCAAAUCAGGAGAAAAAAAAUCUCUGUGUUAGAUACACACAAAAAUUAGCCAUGAUGUUAAGUAGUGAUAAUUGUGGUCCUAAAAUGCAGCAAAAUGAGAUGUUUCCCUAAGUCUAACUAUUUAAAAUUACUGAAUAUCACUGAAUAUCUGUUAUACAUCUGUAAGUACUGUGUAAUCUAUUUUUAAUCAUUAAUUUCUUAGAAUAAUUUAAAUUUUCUUCCAUCAGCAUGUAUUCACUUGAUUAAUAAGAUUACUUGUCAUGA